GGUCGUUGUCGAAACCUUCCGCAGAGUACGACAUUCACACGGAGCAACAAGCAUGUCCUCUCCUUUCUCUGGGAGGCAUUUCCAUCUCCAGUCUGCGACUGGAAUUCCAAAUUCGCCAGACAUACCCUAACCAUUCGCUCUCGAUGACUAACAUAUGCUUGCCGCGAUGUCGACAUCUCCGAGGGCAACCAAGGAAAAAAGAGUUGCAAGGUACAUAAGGAAAGAAAAAGGAGGGCACACUAGGUCCAACUUCCUUUCACUGUCGAUUACUUUCUCAAAUCCGUCUCUAUCGCAAUGCGUGCUCUCCAUCUUCCCGGUGUACCCUCUGGGGAUGAAAUCCCCUUUCAUUUUCCAAGCAAACCGCCCUCCGCAUUGGACUUGGAAUACACAUCAGCAGACUACCCUGAUCCUGAUGCCCGAACGACUGACCUAUCAGCCUCAUUGCAGCAUUUCUACUUGAUCCGGGUCCUCUUUACCGCCUUGACUCGAGGCGAAAUUACCUGGCAAGAGAUCCUUGAGCCGGCGCGCUUCCAUUCUUGCGGUGGUGCGAUCCCAGGCCAUGAUGUAGUUGGGGUCGUGGACAAAGUUUUCACAUCGCCCAAGGCAGAAUCAGGACCAGAGUUCUCACCUGGAGACAGAGUUUGGGCUCUUCUGGACUUCGACCGUGAUGGCGCAGCAGCAACGUAUACACUUGCUUGUGAAAAGGAGCUCAGCCUCGCGCCUAGUGAUCCAGUCAGCUCCACCAACAUUGCAGACAAGACUUGGGAGGAACAACUCGCAACACUUCCGCUCUCAGCUUUGACAGCCUACCAGGCACUUUACACGCAUGGCAGGUUGCCUCUGCUGUCAGCAGAAUCAUCGCCGCCAUCGGUGGCCUCGCACAAGAGAGUUCUCAUCCUGGGUUCAGCAGGCUCCGUCGGCCUUCCAACGCUCCAACUCGCCAAAGCGUCCGGAUUCUCCGUAGUCGCAACGUGCAGCUCUGCAUCUGCAGCUCUGGUAACGUCUCUUGUUGACAUCACCACAGACGUUCUCAUUGACUACACCUCUGAGGGAUAUACCUCUCUACCCUCUGCCUUCGACUCCCGAAACCUCCCGCCUGUGGACUUAGUAGUCGAUUGCAUUGGAGGGGACACUCUCUCCACUCUCCUCCUCACGAGCACGCCAGCACUCAACACAAUCAUAAACCCAGGCGCACGCGUCGUUACAAUUGUCGCCCCGGUCAAGGUCUACGGAGAAGAAACAGCCGAAGCGAUCCGGCGGAAUUGCGCGGGCGCCGGCGUGGAGGUCGAGUUCUUCAUCGUAAGACCUUCGGGAGAGGAGCUCGAUUUCCUUGCGCGGUGGGUGACUGCGGGAAAACUGAAGGGAUACGUUCAGGAGGUCUUUGAGCUGCAUCAAGGGAGAGACGCGAUGCAGUUUGUCGAAGCCAGGGGACGAAGGGGCGGUGGUAAGGUUGUCUUGCGAGUGGCCACGCAAUAAGAAUUGGUGCUCUCUGAAACAAGGGACGUAGGGACAAGUGCAGGUAGGGCAGUGGAAUCAUUUUCCAUCCUGAUAAGCAAUACUCUUGCAUUGUUAUCUUCUAAUGGUAAACAUAUCUCAAUUCAUUGGAAAG